AAAAAAUAUACGAUGUCACUCGCUGAGCGUAAACCCUAAAUAGAGAUAUCGCUCGAUCUCUCGAUCAAGACGACAAAGAAUUGGAAUUCAGCCUCGAUAUUUUGGUUAUUACGAAUUACAGAAGACACUUUUAUUUUUCUUCAAGAACAAUGCAGCUCGUGGAGUCACUUGCAAUAGAGGAGGUAGAGUAUCAAAUGCGUGACCCAGGCUUCACAACUACUGAUUGGGCGACUUUCACAGAUGCUGAUAAGAUGCAGCAGUAUAAUUCCAUUCAGGCUGCAGCAACUGAGAAAAUACCAUUUGUUACUUCUGGUGAAAUCCGUAGGCGUUCUGAAUUUUUCAAACCUUUCGUAUUGUGCUUAGCAAAUACAACCGUGGAUGAGUAUUGUAAGACCUCUUUGGAACCGAUGGGGGAAGAGAGCGACAAUGUUCAAAUCACUGCCUUGUCUGACGCGUUGGGUGUUCCCAUCCGUGUGAUGUACCUGGCCUGCAGAUCCUAUGAUCCUAAGGGUGUCAGUGUAUAUCAUUAUGAUUUUGUCCCAACUGUUGGUGCUGUUCCAAAUACUAGCAAAGGCGAUGCUGAUUCUGUGAAACCUUUCAUCACCUUGCUUUACCGCCUGUUCCCUGGACAUUAUGACAUUCUGUACCCAAAGCAAUCAGAAUCGCCGGUGAAUCCUGAACGGCCUGGUGAGACUACACUGGCAGAGCAUGAAAGGAUGGAAGAACAGAGUAAUUUGCAGAGAACUGUUUUCAUAGGCAAUCUCCCAUUUCGUACUGAUAAUGAAGAGGUGAGGAAACGGUUCUCUGAUUUCAGGGAAGUGCUGUCGUAUUUCCCUGUUCUUCACGAAGUCACUUGGCGACAAACAGGAACUGGUUACCUCAAGUUCAGUACACCAGACGAGGCUGAUGCUGCGGUGGCAGCGGCACGUUAUACAGGAGGUUCAAGAAUUCUUCUGAAUGGCAGACGACUAACUGUGAUUAAGGCCUUGGACAAGAAAGCCCGCGAUAAGGAACUUGAAAAGGCGAAAAGUGAUGAUGUUGACCAACGCAACCUUGAGCUUGCAAAGAUAGGUGUUAUUCUCAAGGGCUCUCGUGAUGCUGAAGGUGUUUCAUCAAGUGAUAUGUACCAUCGCCAAGUGUUGGAGACGAGAAAGAACGAUAAGAUUCAAUCAUCUCCUGACUUCCAUGUUUCGAGAACUAGACUCGCUGUAUACAAUUUUCCAAUGAUACUCUCUGAGAAGCAGCUUAAAUAUAUUAUUCUAGAUGCAAUUCUUUCCCCUGAUUGCAAACAAACUCGUGUCAUCCAACAGUUAGAAAUCUUAGGAAAAAGCAAGCAUGCAAAGGCGACGGAGAAAGGCCUUAAACGAGGAACAGCUUUCGUCGAGUUCUCGGAUUAUGAACAUGCACUUGCAGCCCUGAAUGCUCUUAAUAAUAAUGCUAAACCUUUUGGCCCUGGGCAUCGCCCCAUCGUUGAGUUCGCUGUCGAGAAUAUCCAGUCACCGAAACGACUUCGGGAGAAGCUAGAACGUUUGCAGACCCAUGCCGGCACAGAAUUCUUGCCACGACCUCAAUAAUUGCCAACUAAAGUUCUGUCUAUCUUUCUGCCACCAAACAACUAAAACUAUUAAAAUCGGCAUUUAAGCGAGCCAGAUAAUUCUAGUUCAAAAUUCCUUCUCAGGAAGCUAUAGUUUUUUAUUUUCUUAAACAUUUAAGCAUAACAGAACCAUAUUACUUUUAUGGCUUAGCAGACAAAAACUUUGUUUUUUGAGCUCC